CCUCCAGACUUUUCUUCCUACCAGAUUUACCGCAUUCCGUCUCGGACAAACUGCGACGCGAGUUGUGCUGCCUAUCUGACAUCUGACGCAAGUCUCGCCAGAGAGCACCAGCUAGGUACGAAGUGGAGUGAGCCGUGAUUCCAAUCGAUCCAAACCGACCUCUCGGUCUCCACAUACAACAACAUGCCGCCUAAGCCAAAGGAAGAGAAGAAAAAGACCGGUAUCAGCGUCGUGGUCAUCGGCCAUGUCGACUCCGGCAAGUCCACCACCACCGGUCACUUGGUCUACAAGUGUGGUGGCAUCGAAAAGCGUGCCAUUGAGAAGUUCGAGAAGGAAGCCCAGGAGAUGGGCAAGGGCUCUUUCAAGUACGCCUGGGUGCUGGAUAAGCUGAAGGCCGAGCGUGAACGUGGUAUCACCAUCGAUAUCCAGCUGAUGAAGUUUGAGACUUCAAAGUACAAAGUAACUGUCAUUGAUGCCCCCGGACAUCGUGACUUCAUCAAGAACAUGAUCACAGGAACCUCACAGGCUGACUGUGCCGUGCUGAUGGUGGCUGCUAGUACUGAUGAGUUCGAGGCUGGUAUCUCCAAGAACGGACAGACCCGUGAGCACGCCGUGCUGGCCUACACCCUGGGUGUCAAGCAGCUCAUCGUGGCGGUCAACAAGAUGGACAACACCGAGCCCCCCUACUCCGAGGUAUGCAACUACACGCCCGUGCUGGAUUGCCACACCGCCCACAUCGCCUGCAGGUUCACUGAGCUGAAGGAGAAGAUCGACCGUCGUUCCGGCAAGAAGCUGGAAGACAACCCGAAGUUCAUCAAGUCUGGCGACGCUGCCAUAGUCGAGAUGGUUCCGUCAAAGCCCAUGUGUGUGGAGGCCUUCUCUGAAUACCCGCCCCUGGGUCGUUUCGCCGUGCGCGAUAUGAGGCAGACCGUGGCCAUCGGCGUCAUCAAGUCCGUGAAUUCGAAGAAGACGGAGGAAGCCGCCAGGAAGAAGUGAUGGUCGCUUUACGUCUCACCACGCCCCGCCAUCGCAACCGCCAAUGAUACGACCACACUAGAGACUGGAAAAUCAACAUCUGAGCGCGUUUCAACUUCGCAGCCUACAUUUCGGCACUCGCCUGGUUACUCACCCGUAGUCAUAAGCUUCAUUGGAAACACUUACGCAGGAAAAAGGGAGACUGUGAGAACGCUACCAAAAAAGUCUCAAUGAUUUCAAAGCUGUUUGUAAACACUCAUGUCUCAUCGCUUGUGUGACAAGAAACCAUCAUAUUAGUGUGCAUCUGUGUGAAGGCAACUUCUCCCUUUUUGGCCAAUCUUUUUUAUUCUUAUUCGCAAGCUCGCGUCAGUUCUGGGGUUCCUAGAGGAUGUCAUCCAUAUAAUCAAAUCAAAAUGCCCUUAGUGACCUUACAGCAAACCCGUGUUGUUACUGGGUGGGGGGAUAGGUCAGUUUGAAUUAGGCCAGUCUUAUCCAGAACCUUUCUUUAUCCAGAAUGGUUCUGGAUAAAGAAUGGAUAAAGAAAGGUUCUGGAUAAGACAGACCCAAUUCAAACUCAGGCACACGUACGGUUCUCGAUAGUUCUAAGCUUAUCCAGGACAAUCUACGUCCUUAAAUACACGGAGACUAUCCAAAACCGAGCCUGACACUAACCGGAUAUGCACCCUUUUGGAUUGUCAACUGUAGGAAGAACAUGGAUU